UUAAUAGAAAACGGAGAAAGUAUGUUUAAUCGCCUUCCCUUAUGAUUAAAGGUUAUGCAUUUAUGUUACCUUUCAAUACAAAUGUAAACCAAUGCAAUGAUAAAUCAAUAAAACUAGUCAUACUAGCAAAUAAAUUUGUCAAAUAUAAAAAAUCACAAAAUACAAAAUUAUAGGCAAGUUUCAUCAACAUCAACAUACUCAAAACAUAAUCAUCUACGUUAUUGAACAUUCACAUAUUUUCCAAUACUAUAUUUUAAGUCUCCUCCAACUAGUAUCCUCUAUGAAAUCUUCAAAAUGGAUGCCAAAUUGACAAUAAUCAAGGCAAAAAGCAACCACAUACCCUCCAAUAAUAGUACAACCCCGAGAAAUAAGGUAGAAAAAUAAAAGUAGCAAAAAUAAAUAAAUAAAAACCCAAAAAUAAAAAAAAAAUUGCAAAAAUCCCAAAUUGAAGUAGAAAGUGUGAGUGCCCUAUUAUGUGAGUAACUCACCGCCCCACCUAAAGUAGUCUUAGACCACCACCCGUCUUCUUCCUCCACCCCCUCUUCUCCUCCCCUUUGCCUUGGAAAAGUCUUUUUCUUUUCCUUUUUUUCUUCUUAUUUUUAUUAUUAUCUUUCAUUUUUAUCAAUCAAGAUUUGAUCUUUCAUCUUGUAUUAUCUUCAAUCUUACAAAUUUUAAUUGUAUUAAUAUCAUUUGAUAACCAUAUUAAUUCAAUCAUUAAUCUUUGUUUUUUUUUUUAAAAGGUUAGAUCUCUGUUUCUAUUUCUGCCCUUAAUCUAACAUCUAAUUUCGCAAUUUUUUCCUAAAAAUAAUUAUUAUUUUGUUGAUUGUAGAUGUAUACAAAGAACCUAUCUUUUUCAAUCCCAAAACCAUGUAAACAUCUCUCAAAUCUCAAGUUAAAACAUGGGUUAAAUUGUUAUACCCACCUCAAAAAUUACCUAAAAACAACCCUAAAUGCUAAAAAUCCAAUCUUUUUUAGUCACAAAGAUGAUGCCCCCAGAUGCAGUUUUUGUUCUGGGUCUAAUAAGGGUAGAUUUUACAUUUGUUUAAUUUGUUCAACAAUUUCUUGUUUCUCAAAUUCAGAUUCACCAAAUCAUACCCAUUUGCAUUCUGACUCUAAUAAUGGCCAUGAAAUAGCUGUUGAUCUUGACAGAGCAGAAUUAUAUUGUUGUGUAUGUUGUGAUCAGGUGUAUGAUCCUGAUUUUGACAGGGUUUUCAUGUCUCAAAAUUUCGAGGAAAUUAAGAACACUCAAUCAAAAAUUAGUACUAGUACUAGUUCAAUUAGUAGUAGUAAUGGUUGUAAUGGUAGUAGUUUAAGGAAAGUAUCAUUAGUUGAGUUGGAUUUGAUGAAAUCAAAACAAUUAGUUGUUUUGAGACGAGAUCCGAGGUCAAAAAUGGUGUUUCCUUUAGGAUUAAGGGGUUUGAACAAUUUGGGAAGUACUUGUUUUAUGAAUUCUGUGUUGCAAGCAUUGCUUCAUGCUCCUCCUUUGAGGAAUUACUUCUUGAGUGACAGCCGCCAUCGAAAAUCUUGUAAGAAAAGGUCAUCUGAUCAGCUGUGUUUGCCUUGUGAUAUUGAUGAUCUUUUCACUGCUGUUUUCUCUGGUGAACGAUCUCCUUAUAGCCCUGCUCAAUUUCUUCACAGUUGGUGGUUGCACUCAGAAAAUCAUGCAACCUAUGAGCAGCAGGAUGCACAUGAAUUCUUUAUAUCAAUUCUUGACCAAAUACAUGAGAAAGAAUCCAAGAACUUGAAGCUGAAUGGAGAUGUAAGGGACUGUGAGUGCAUUGCACAUAGGGUAUUUUCCGGCCUUCUGCGUUCAGAUUUGUCUUGCACUGUAUGUGGGACCACUUCAACUACUUAUGAUCCUUUUAUCGACAUAUCUCUUGACUUGGAUAGCCAAACAACCCAUGCAAGUAGCAGUGACAACAUGACAACGCUAUCAAGUUGCCUGGGUCAUUUUACAAGGUCUGAGAAGCUGGGAUCUGAUCAGAAGCUUCUUUGCGGAAAUUGUCAAGAAAGGCAUGAAUCAUUGAAACAGUUGUCAUUCAGACAGCUGCCCUUGGUUCUCUGCUUACAUAUUAAAAGGUUUGAGCAUUCCCAUGUCCGAAAAGUUUCCAAGAAGAUUGACCAAUACGUACAGUUUCCCUUCUCUUUGGAUAUGUCCCCAUAUAUGUCAUCGUCUAUAGUCAGAAGUAGGCAUGGGAAUAGAAUGUUUGCUCUUGAAGAUGAUGAAGCUGAUGUAGUUACAGACUAUGAGAUUUUUGCUGUAGUAACACAUUCGGGGAUGCUUGAAUCUGGGCACUAUGUCACUUUUCUACGUUUGCAUAACCAGUGGUAUAAAUGCGAUGAUGCAUGGAUAUUAGAGGUUGAUGAAGCGACUGUUAGAGCUUCUCAGUGCUAUAUGAUAUUCUAUUUGCAGAAAAUGCUGUAUCACAAGACGAGUGAUGACUUGAUCUGCUCGCCCAUUUCUCCUAGAAGAGAUGCAUUUCUUCCUAUAGCAGGUUGUUGCUGAUUGAUGAUGAUUGUGUAUUCUGCUGGAUUUAAGAGGCUUUUAAAAUGCCAUAUUGACCCUACAGAGGUCGCAUACAAGCUGCCAAUUAAAAGAAGUCAUCUGCAAAGAUUCGGAAAUGACCUCAUCUUUGCAUGAACUGCCUGUCUGGUGCAUGCUUGAGAUAUGCAGGACCCAAGUGAAAUCUGGCUGAUCUUUGAUUUGAGAGGUUCCUGAAUAACCUAUUUGAAAUGGAGCUCAUGAGGUACACUGCAGAGUAAAAUGUCGAUGAAGCCAUCGCUUCUAAUUGUUACAGGCACCAGAAGCUUCAAUGUGUUUCUUAGUUUUCAUAUGCUGCUAAUAGAAAACUGCAGCAACAGAGUUGGAGGGUGUGAUAUCAUGCUCAUCGAAAUAUGAGAUACCGAAAGGCUCCAACUUAAAACAUUUGCAGAAAAUCUUGGUAAGGAGAUUCCAGGAAAAAAAAAAAAAACAAAAUAUUCUUGUAUAGAAUAAGCGGACAAUUAUGUUUAGCUUGAUUUUUCUCAUAUUUUCUUCAUUUUGUAAUGACCUAGAAUUUUUUUGGUGGUCAAUGUUAACUUCUUCGAACCAUAGAGAUUUUUUUUUACUCUUUUCAUUCAUGUAUUUCUUUGCUAAUUGCAAUUGUGAAAUUAUGAAUUCGAUAGGCAUGUCGCCGUUAACUGUUAUGAAAUGGCUAAUAUCAUGAAAAUUCUGUA